AUGAAGAAUGCAGAUGACACAGGCAAAAAGGUUUGUGUGUUCUACGAAGUAGCAAAAAAUAUCAUUCCCGUGAAUGCAUUUAUUGGUGAUUCAGUACUGGAAACGGCACAUAAGAAUGGAAUAGAGCUGGAAGGUGCUUGUGAAGGAAGCCUUGCGUGUUCAACAUGUCAUGUGAUUCUUGGAGAGUCUGUGUAUAAAAAGCUCAAGGAGCCUUCAGAUAAAGAAUAUGACCUUAUUGACCAGGCAUUUGGCUCAACACGUACAUCCAGGCUUGGGUGCCAGGUACAGAUAUCAAAGGAUCUUGAGCAGACAACAUUCAUCAUUCCUAGGGCUACAAGAAACAUGGCUGUUGAUGGAUUCAAACCAAAACCACAUUAG